CUCUCUCUUUUUUUAAGCACGUUGCUGAGAACUGGGUGAGAUCUGAACUACAUGCUUUUGCACACUUUCAUAACAGCUGUAAAUUAUGAAAACAGGGAAAAUUUGCUUUCAAAUAAUGGACAUAUUUGGAGCUACAGCAGAAGCUGUGGAAAGGAUAUAAAUUAAAUGCUUCUUGAUUUACAGGGUCUUUUGUGUUCUGUGAAUCCACAAACUGCUACUGAGUGAUCUGCACAGUUCUACUGUAUGCUUUGGUGACCAAAAUGAGUUUGAUAAUUCUUCAGGACUUGUGAGGUAUAUUUAGUCUGUUCCUCUCAGUGCUGAUUUUUCUUAAAACCUUUAUAUAGAAGAAAGAAUUCUGAAAGUAAGACUGCUCUGACUUUAUUUAAAUAUAUAUAUAUAUAUAUAUAUGUAUAUUUUAUUAUUACCUUUUUGACUGAAGACAUGUAACAGCUAGUCUGAUUGGACCUGCUACAGAAUUCCACUGUGUAGGCUUAAAUAACACAAUGAAGACACAUUUCUGCAUCAUUAUGCAUUUAAUGUCAAUGUCAGUUGUUCGUCUGCUGCAUGGAGCCGAGUAUGAUCAGGACAUUCAACAGAAAAAAGUCAGGGACACCUUAGAACACAAGAUAAGAUCAGCUGCCAAUCUAGAAGAGCUACUACAAACCAUUCAUUAUGAAGACUGGAAAUUGUGGAAGUGCAGAUUGAAACUCAAAGCUCUGGUAGACAGUCAAGACACACCACCUUCCACUUCCUCGUCCUCUUCUUCUCACAGAUCUACACGAUAUGCGGCUGCUGCCUACGAUCUGGAAAUCCUGAAAGCAAUAGAUGAAGAAUGGCAGAGAACACUAUGUAUGCCCAGAGAGGUUGUUGUAGAUGUUGCUAAGGAGCUUGGCACCAACACAAAUAUAUUCUUCAAACCUGCAUGUGUAUCAGUUUUCAGAUGUGGAGGAUGCUGUAAUGAAGAAAGCUUAUCUUGUAGAAACACCAGUGUCUCCUAUGUUACAAAAACAGUAUUUGAAAUUGCAUUGUCAGUGACGUAUAUUCCACAGCCUGUCUAUGUAAGGAUUGCUAAUCACACAUCCUGCAAAUGUAUGUCACCCUCCGUUAUCCGGCGGCAUGCUCCACACCAAGCAGUGGACAGUUGCAGUCAAUCCCCAAAGCCCUGUCCACAUGGUCAGAUCUGGCACAGUGAAGCCUGUCAAUGUCUGCCACAUCCACAGAGGAGAAUCCGUGAAGACCUGUCUCCAAUUGCUGAGUUGGCAGUCUGUGGGCCCUAUAUGGUCUUUGAUGAAGAUCAGUGCGAAUGUGUUUGCAGAAGGGAUUGCCCAGCAAAUCAGUCCGUAAAUCCAGGGAACUGUACCUGUCAGUGUUCUGAAAGCUUUGAAACCUGUGCCAAGAAUCAAAAAACAUUUGAUCCAGAUUCCUGCAGCUGUAAGCCAGAGCGAGAAUGUUCAGCAAAAACUUGUCUGUCUGGACGGCUCAACAAAAUGAAAAACUGCCACUGUGUCAAAGAAAAAAAGUUACACUCUUCUCCUUAAACCUACAGUAGUAAAGAAUAAUCUCUUUCACGCACUUUCUCAUUCUCUUUUAUGUGUCUCUCUAUGUCACUAUGAAGAAUAUCAUUUCUUUAAUUUAUUGACAUUUUUUACUGUUACCAUAAUAAUGUAUUUUU